AAGCCUAAUUAGAUCUACCUCUAGACAGUUUCUAGUUCAAUGGCUGAACAGACUCUUGAUAUCCUUCAUCCCUCUACAACUCUGGAGUGGGAUGAAUUGCCUUUUCUACCAGUGGAAAUGAGUGAUGCCUCUUCUGAAUCCGUGUACCUGAAAGGAACACUCUACGUUGGAGGAGGACCGACUGUUGCCAAACUGUGCUCAUUAAAACUUGGAGUUGACAGUUCAUGGACAAUGACAGACACACCCACCUAUCGCUAUACCCUCGUCGUCCAUGACUCUGAACUGCUACUGGUGGGUGGGAGAGAGUAUUUUACGGGAGAGGAAACAAACAAAGUCUUCACGAUGAGGGAUGGACAGUUUGUUGAAAUACUGCCUCCUAUGAAUGAGAGCCGAAGUUCACCAUCUGCUGUCAGUAGCGGGUCUGCACUAGUUGUGGCUGGAGGGAAGAAUACAUCAGAAUUCCUCUCCUCUGUGGAAGUGUUUAAAGAUGGCCAGUGGACGACUGCUCCCUCCCUACCAAGUGCAGGGUCUAACAUGAAGUCUGCUCUUCAUGGUGACCAGUGGUACCUGAUCACGUGUUUUGGAAUUGUAUUCCUUGCAUCUCUACAAUCGCUUAUAUCCGGUGCAGUUAAGUUUCCUUGGGAGACGUUACCUGAUGCUCCAAAUAUGCUUACAGCUGCUGCCUUCUUUGGUGAUCGUCUCUUGUCUAUUGGAGGAGGUGUUUUUUAUGCCCCCACAACAACCAUUCAUGCGUUCUCCCCCAACACCCUGUCCUGGGAGCAUGCUGCUGACCUGCCUCUAUCAUUGACAGAAUCAUCUGCUGUUGCUGUGCCAACUGGGGAGUUGAUGAUUAUUGGAGGAAAAGACAAAAUAGGAAAUUCAAAUAAAAAAGUAUUCAGGGCCUUUUUAAAAGCACCUUUGGUUGAUAGUGACGUACACUUCAGCAUACCCAAGCUGAACCAACUGCACAAGUAUGGAAUCAAUCUCAUGGACGCUCUCUCUAAGGAUUUGUGUCGAUUCUACAUCACCUCUCGGGUACAGCUUUCAGUGAAAGAUAGAAAAAAAGCUCCCACACACUCUGCUAGAGAUUACAUUGAGCAGAUCUUCAGUGCUUGGGAGAGAAGUACACAACCAACUUACCCCCCUACCUGGGAAGGCCUGUUUACUGUCCUGAGGAAGAUGGACCUGGGUCAUCUCACGGAGCAGAUAGCCAAAUGUGUGACUGGGUCACUGCCAGAGAUAGAGAACUCAGAGGUUCAGUUAAGUCCUGGAAACAAGGAACAAGGCUGGAAAAGUACUCUCACACAAUUGAGAGAUGAAUUGAAGCAUCUGCUACUAGAGUAUGAUACUCUUAAAACUGAACUGAAGAAUAUGACUAUGAAGGUUUGUCAGUUGACCGAUAAUUACGACAACCAGAUUUUCCCGAAAGAAAAUGACAGUAUGCAUCUGAUCCUGAAGAACGUGAGUCUUCAUUUCCUUGUCCAAAAUUUGGAGGGUGAAUUGGAUCAGUUGACUGAGAGGUGUGGAAAUCAAGCUGACAAGAUUCACCAACUAAAUAAAUUAGGUGAAGAAAAUUCUGUGACUGAAUUGAGAUCUGAAGUGAAGCGACGGCUACUAGACUAUGAGCGUCUGGAGGAGGAGCUGGGUCAGUUAACAGAUAAGUAUGACAAGCAAGCUGACAAGAUUUACCAGCUAAAAAUAGAAAAUGAGAAACUAAGAAACAAUCUCCGAGCAAAGAAUCAGGAGGUUGAGGUUGAACCAGGUUAUAAAGACCUCAAAUCACCCCCUCAUCUACCAAUUGAAAUCUUGAGUCAACCGCAGGAAUCCAUACACCGUUUUGACCUCCCUGGUGUUGAAGUGGUGGCCAGCACGUGUGUGAUCGUUACCAACUCACCCCAAACCUUCCACUGGGUUGGCUAUGGGUUUAAGCUCACUAUACCCCGGGGCUCCCUGCCAGCUGGUGUUGAUCGGUGUCGACUAGACAUCAAGGCCAGUUUAGCUGGACAGUAUCAGUUUCCUGACAAUCACCAGUUGGUCAGCAGUGUUUUCUGGAUACUUCCUCUUCCCUUGUGUCGAUUCCAACAGCAGCUGACAGUCGAGAUACAGCACUGUGCCAAGAUGACCAGCUCCACUAAGCUCUCAUUUGUGAGAGCACAUUGCUCCCAGGAGAGUCUGCUCUACACCUUCAAGCAGCUUGAAGGGCGUGGCUCAUUCACUGCGUACAGCUCGUAUGGAUUACUGAAGCUGACCCAGUUUAGUGGACUGGCUGUGACAGGAGAAGAUGUGGACAAACACUACACUGCCAGCCUCUACUACUAUCCACACAUUAAGCAUACCACAAAGAUUGACGUAGUAUUGUCUUGGAAUGAUGAAGCUCACCUUUCGGCUGUGGAACAAUUUUAUGAAAGAAACGGAGCAGAGAAAGGGUCCCAUCUCGCAAUAGAGUUUGAAGUUCCAAGUGAACCAAUAUCUCUCGACAUUCCCAUGCUUGAGGGUAUUGAGAAAGAUGGAUGGAGGAUUUACCCACUAGUAACACCUGUUGUUACUAGAGGGGAUGUGGACUCGUUUAACCCUGGUACAAGUGCUUUUCCGUCUCUCCAACUGAAAGCCAGAGUGCUGCGCCCUGAAGAAGAAGUGCAAUAUUUUCGCUAUGUUUUAAAUCUGAUAGGAGCCAGGGAACCCAAGAACAAGCUGUUGGUGGAAGUAGACCCCCCAGCGGAAAGAAUUGGUGCAAACUCUCUCCCAGCCGAUCAAGCACUUGUACCAUCACAAAGCAAUGUUGUACACGAGGAAUGUGAAAAUCAAUUAUGCACAAGAGACUUGCAAGAAGUGUUUUCAAACUUGAUGGAAGUCGUUACUAAUUGGUUUAAUUUGGGGCUUUCUUUGGGAAUUCAAGUUGGUAUGCUCAAAGCCAUCAAAUCUAAUGAAAGCAACGACCAAGAUCGCUUACGUGAAAUGUUGACCCACUGGUUGCAGUACUCACCUUCUCGUACAUGGAAUGACAUUUGCAAUGGCCUCAGAAGUGACACUGUCAAACAAAUCAAUCUGGCAGAUCAAAUUGAGGAGAAAUACAAAGAGAACUCGUCCCGACUACGCCCCUUCACAGGUACGAAGAGAGAGGCCACUGAACCCACUGAGCAAGUUCCCCCCAAGAAACCUCGGUCAGAAGAGCAGUGAGGGAGGAGAAUGGACUACGUACACUGUCCAGCUGGUCUGUUGAUGGUAACUUUCUAAGAAAAGAGAGAAAGACAGAUAUUAUAGUGACACUCUAGAAUUAUUUGAUUGCUCAGUAUAUAUGAGUUGGAAUUAUAUAUACAACAUAAAAUCAGGGUAUAUAAAACAUGCAGAAGUGGUGAUUCUAU